AUGAGGGCGUCCGUGCCGGGUCCGGCGGCCGGCCGCGAGCCCUCCACGCCCGGCGGGGGCGGCGGAGGCGCCGCGGUGCCGGGCUCCGUGCAGUUGGCACUGAGCAUCCUGCACGCCCUGCUCUACGCCGCGCUCUUCGCCUUUGCCUACCUGCAGCUGUGGCGGCUGCUCCUGUACCGUGAGCGGCGGCUGAGUUACCAGAGCCUCUGCCUCUUCCUCUGUCUCCUGUGGGCAGCGCUCAGGACCACCCUCUUCUCCGCCGCCUUCUCGCUCAGCGGCUCCCUGCCCCUGCUACGGCCGCCCGCUCACCUGCACUUCUUCCCCCACUGGCUGCUCUACUGCUUCCCCUCCUGUCUCCAGUUCUCCACGCUCUGUCUCCUCAACCUCUACCUAGCGGAGGUUAUAUGUAAAGUCAGAUGUGCAACUGAACUUGACAAACACAAAAUUCUGUUGCAUUUGGGCUUUAUAUUGGCAAGCCUUCUCUUUUUAGUGGUGAACUUGACUUGUGCAAUGCUAGUCCACGGAGAUGUCCCAGAAAAUCAGUUGAAAUGGACUGUGUUUGUUCGAGCAUUAAUUAACGAUAGCCUGUUUAUUCUUUGUGCCAUCUCUUUAGUUAGUUACAUAUGCAAAAUUACAAAAAUGUCAUCAGCAAAUGUCUACCUCGAAUCAAAGGGUAUGUCUCUGUGCCAGACUGUUGUCGUAGGCUCUGUAGUCAUUCUUCUCUAUUCUUCAAGAGCAUGUUAUAAUUUGGUGGUGAUCACCAUAUCUCAGGAUACAUUAGAAAGUCCAUUUAAUUAUGGAUGGGAUAAUCUUUCAGAUAAGGCUCAUGUAAAAGACAUAAGUGGAGAAGAGUAUAUAGUAUUUGGAAUGGUCCUCUUUCUGUGGGAACAUGUGCCAGCGUGGUCGGUGGUACUGUUUUUCCGGGCACAGAGAUUAAACCAGAACUUGGCACCUGCUGGCAUGAUAAAUAGUCACAGUUACAGUUCCAGAGCAUACUUCUUUGACAAUCCAAGACGAUAUGAUAGUGAUGAUGACUUGCCAAGACUGGGAAGUUCAAGAGAAGGAAGUUUAUCAAAUUCACAAGGUUUGGGCUGGUAUGGCACCAUGACUGGGUGUGGCAGCAACAGUUACACAGUCUCUCCCCACCUGAAUGGACCUAUGACAGAUACUGCUCCUUUGCUCUUUACUUGUAGUAAUUUAGAUAUGAACAAUCACCAUAGCUUAUAUGUAACACCACAAAACUGA